CCCCGAGCCAUUCUCGAACGAUGCGCGCGCCGUGUCUCCUCGUAUGGCUCUCCAGCGUAGCUGCGGCUGCGUCGCACGAGUCGUGGUCGACGACCGUGUCGUCCGAGGCCGGUCGCCUUCUCGAGGCCGCCCACGCUCUCCGGACCGUGGACCAACACAAUGCUACAGCAUUGUACACGCAAAUCACUGCCAUGGGCGACGCGGCAGCGACACGUAAAGCUCUCUACGCGUUGGGAGACCUCGCGUUUCCCAGUGCGGCCGCUCAGAGCUUGUUCGAGCAAAGCGCUGCCCUUGGCCACGCGGGGGCGCAGCACACGCUUGCGCUCCUUGCCGCAGUGGACGACGCUACGCCGUCGCUGGCGACUUCUGUGCUGUACGACGCCUUUUCUGCGGCCGGUGGCGACUCGCGGGCGGCGCAAACCCUCGGGUACCGAUCUCUGUACGGUCUUGGCGCACCCCUCUCAUGCGCGGCUGCCUUGCAAUACUACAAGCAGCAAGCGGCAAUUGUGGUGCGAGAGGGCGCCGCUAUGGUCGCCGGCCAGUGGCGCAAGCCGAUUUCCCUUGUCGACGACGAUGACCGCAACCCUACUCUCGACCAGUACAAGCUCACGUACGUGGCAGCGUCGGCGAUCAGCAGCAAAGACGGCAAGGUGCUUUUCCGCGCCGCCAAGCAUCUACUGCAGCGCGGGAACAUCGACUUUCUUCUGGUUCGGCACUGGCUUGUGCUCGCGCUCACAUUUGGUGAGACGCCUGCAGCUGCGUACCUCGGUCACUUUUACGCCUUUGGCUGGGGCGGCCCCAUCAACUACGCCAAGGCGCUCGCCGCGUACUUGAUCGCCAAGGACGCCAAGGGCGGCGAAGCGCUUCUCGGAAUCGGCCUUCUCUACUUGCACGGCCACGGUGUGGCGCAGAGCACCGAGUUAGCCCUGGAGCAUUUUGACAAGGCAGCGCUGCAAGGCCACGCCGAAGCCAUGUACUACGUCGCCCGCAUCCUCACAUCCAAGAAGCAGCUCAGCCUUGCCGCUCGGUACUACGAAGCCGCGUCCAAAUCGGGCCACGCCCUUGGCAUGCAUGCGUAUGCCGGGCUCAUCGAGAAGACGUCGAUCCACCCGUUUCUGCGCACGUGUGCGCUUGCCGUAACCCUCUACAAGCGCGUGAGCGAAGCCAGUGUCCACCCUUGGCUCGACCGCGCACAUGCGGCUUUUCACCGCGGUGACCAUGCGACCUCCUUUCUUCUCUACCGUCUCGUGGCCGAAGAAGGGUACACAACGGCGCUGGACAAUGCUCUCUGGCUCGUCCACGAAGGCUACGUGGUCGCCUCAGAUGCUGUGCGCCAUCGGCUCGUCGAGCGCGCCGCCGCCCAAGGCAGCGGGCUCGGGAAGCUCCUCCAAGCCGACGCAUGGUUGAAGGCUGGCGACCAUAAGCGCGCGCUCGUGGCCUACGCGUCGCUCGUGACAACCAAGACGCUGUCGUACAAGCACAUUGCGCCGGCCUAUUAUAGCCUGGGCUACAUGCACGAGAUGGGCCUUGGUGUGCUUCGUAGCCGCGCGCAAGCACUCGAGUACUACCGUCAGUCGAUUGCUGUCGAACGACGCGUGCAGCUGCCCAUCGAGCUCUGGACGUGGAAGUGGGCGCUGCUCGAUGUCCUCCGCUCUGUUCUUGGGGAGUCGAGUUGGUGGGUCUGAGAACUGGGGUGACCCACUAAAUGUGAAAAAUGUCAUUUCACGCAUUGCCAAUGGCAAAGUCACGCGUGAAUUAAGAAAAACACGUGAUUCGUAUGCAAACA